UCGGCGAAGCGGCGCACAGAUUCGAACCGCGCACUGAAGGAGCAGAAGAUUUCAACUCGCCCUGUUUUGUCUAUGUUUAUUUUAUUUUAUUUUAUUUUUUGCAGCUUGUAUUUGACGCGGAGAUUUUGUUUAUUCUGAGAGGGAAGUGAGAUUAUCUGGAUUGAGCAGCCAUGUCCCGGAGGAAACAGAGUAACCCGCGCCAGUUCAAACGCCACAGCAGCACUGGGAACACAGGAGUGUAUGAAGAUGGACAAACAGAACUGGAGGACAGAGAGCGCGAAGAUAAAGAGAUCCUGAAAGAUGCAGAAGCGACUAUUGACCAGGAAACGCGGUUCCCUUUAGCCCCAGAGAACAUUCACGUUAAAGACGAGGGCGAUUGCGGCGCAGGGGCUGCAUCUGGAGGUCAGGAAGCACCGAAAGAAGCCAGUGACGGACAUAAGGGGAAGAACCCGAGCAGCCCGACUGCGUCGGAGGAGUGGGAUGGCCCGAGAGAGCUGGAGAUGAUCAGCAUCGGAGCGGAGAAAGGCGUUCGUUCUCAUCAGGUGCUUCCUCCAGGAACCACAUGGGGGCCGUUCACUGGGAAAAUAGAACCACCUUCAGGAGGCAAUAACAUCGUACCGCUGGUUCUGACCGGAGGUCCGCAGUGGCUGACGGACGUGACGUGGGUGAGCUCAGAGGACUUGAAGAAUAACUGUGUGGUUUACAGUAAAGGAGGACACGUGUGGUGCUCGACCACGAGAAGCGUUACUGAGGGAGAAGAACUCGCAGUGUGUGCGGUGGACGUUUCUUCAAAACUCUCAUCCAUCCAACUCCUUCCUCAACCAGGCGCCAUGGCAUCAGUUCUCCCCAACGCCAUCGUCAACAAAGACAUUUUCCCCUGUAAGAUGUGUGGGAUCUGGUUCAAGAGUGAGAGGAACCUCCAAGCUCACCUCAUGUACUACUGCAGUGGACGGCCGAGGGAAAGCGAGUUGGCUUCAGAGAAACAGACCAACACCAAUCAUCAGAUGUCCCGCACCUGCACUUACCCACAAUGCAACAUGAGCUUCCUGGGUCCACAGGCUCUAAAGAUGCACCUGUCCACACACUCUGCUUUCAAGACUGAGGAGACAUCCCCUGGAAGCAGUUUAAAAUGCACAAUUUGUGACUACACGGCGGACACUCUGAUGGUCCUGCAACCCCACAUCCUUACUCACCUGUCCCAAACAGGACUCCGGUGCAGUCAAUGCCACUUCACCUUCCAAACUCCUCGAGAUCUAGCAAAACACCAGGAGCUGCACAGACAUGGAGGUUUGGAUAGCAGAUCUACUAACGAGAAUCAAACUGAGUCCCACAGUGCCGCAAGUCCGGCAGAUAAUAAAAGCAUUGAAGGAAGUCCAGUUCAUCAAAACACUGAGCAAGAUAGAGAAGAACAGGUGCAGGGAGCUAGCAAGGCUGAAGGAGGAUCUGGAGUCAAAGCUGGCUUUUCUUACGGUAGAGUCAAGUCAGAGCCUUCCAGCCCUCGUUUGGCUUCUUCUCCAAUCCAGAAUCAUAUGACCCCAGCGUUUCCCAUGCCACCCUUUCUGCCUCAUGUGCCAUUCUCACAGGAUUUUCCUGCAGUCCCACAGGCUUCUGAAAUAUUGGCUAAAAUGUCAGAGCUGGUCCAUCGCAGGCUUCGUCAUGGAGGCACCAGUUUCCCCCCGGUCAUGUACGGUGCACUGGUUCCAAAAGGAGCAACAUGCUUUGAAUGCAACAUUACGUUUAGUAACCUGGAUAAUUACUUAGUGCACAAGAAGCAUUACUGUAACGGCCGCUGGCAGCACAUGAGCAAAUCUCACGAGUACAGCAUUCUGGACAAAUCUCCAGUCAGUCCUAAAACUGGGGGUGGUUUAGCAAACAUGCUGAAUGCUGGCCACACUUUUGAGGUUAAAGGACCUAGUCAGUUCACCACUUCUUUAGUUGAGGCUUUUGGUGCAGGAGGAAAAGCAUCUGAGGAAUUUCAAGUGAACGGUAAAAAAUCAUUGACUCCAGGCGAUGCGGAGGAAAGUCCAAACGGCAACACUUUAGACCCGAAGAGUCUGAAAACGUCAGAGAACGAGCCAGACCACAAUCGGACGACAUGUGAGGCGUGCAAGAUCACAUUUAGUCGACAUGAGAACUACAUUGUGCACAAGCAGUACUACUGCGCUUCCCGUCAUGAGCCGCCUGCAAAACGAGCAGCGACCAACAAACAUGUUCAGAAAUCAUUUCGUACCCGAAAAAGAAGAAAAAUGGCAAGUCCUGACCCAGUGGCAUCUCAGUCCUACCCUAUCAGUAGCUCCUAUACAUCCCAGGAUACAGUAGAGAGCCUCAAGGAUAUGCUUAAUCAACGCUACAACGUGAUGCAUGGUUUGGUUCCGAAGCAUCCUGAAGCUUCCUUGACCGUAACAAAAUCAGCUCUUGUCUCAAAGUGUAACGCAGUAGCUCAAGAGGAAGGUGAUGCCCCGAUAGAUCUGAGUAAAAAAUGCACAAUGCAGUUUGGUAAAGUUUCAGGACUCAUGGACUAUCACGAAUGCGCAAUGUGUAAAAUUAGUUUCAACAAAGUUGAGGACUACCUGAGCCACAAACAGAACUUCUGCCCAGGUGCUGUCCUGGAGAACAAAGCGCCGAACCUAAUGGAAGAAGUUUCCAGAAAUGCAUCUGCCCCUGAUGGUUUUAGUUUCAGUCUCAAGCAUGCAGUUCAAAGUGUCAAUACUUCUGCACCCGCUGAAAACCAACUGGCCCUAAAGGAUGAACAUGACGUGAUGAAUUCCGAUAGCUAUCCAGGUGGUGGCAAGAAAAUCAGAGCAGAUGAGCAGAUCUGGCCAUACUACGAGAUUAAACCUGCUGACUACGCCACAGGGAUUUUUGCUCCACAAAAUGAGAGGAGGCAAAGCCCAAAUGAGGGGACUGAAGGUGAAAAAGAGCAACCUAUGCCAGAUGGCAGCCAUGUUGGCUCGGAAAAUACGGACAACCCCAAAAUAAAGUCUCUAAAAUCGAGUCUCCGGGGUGAUGACAAGCAGGGAAAGGAGCCUUGCAGCAUGACAGCUUGUACCCUGGAUCAAGAGAUCUCCAUGAAACCUAAAGAGAGCUUCUCUUCUUCACCAGCCUCCAACAUGGAGGAGAUCUCCAGCUUGAAAAGGAGUAUGAAUGGAUCGGUCUCGCCGGCAGUUAAUGGCAAAUACUGCCGUCCCUGCGACAUCCAGUUUAACAACCUGUCGAACUUUAUAACACACAAAAAGUUUUAUUGCUCAGCACACGCUACUGAGCACGUCAAAUGAGAACUGUUGUAUCUCGGCCGUUUACGACAGCAAGUGGACAAUCAAAUCAGGAGAUUUUUCUCCCCUAGUGGUUUAAUAGUAAAUAUAAUUGUUGUGCGUGUGUUACUUUUGGAUCUUUGUGACAUAUUUAUUUUUUUUUAUUAUUUACUUAUUUAUUCAUUUAUUUAAACAAACAGAAAAACAAUUCAUGCACUGAACUAAACUUUACACUCUACAAUUUUUGUUGCUUUGGUUGUAAACUCAGAUCUUCGAAUGCACAACGCGGCGGCGUUCAGAGUCCGAGACCAAAGACAACAAAGUGUGAGAAAUUCCUGAUUAAAAUGUCUGAGUGAGCACUGCGACGACGCUCGUCUCAAAGCCACCAGUAGAAGGACAGCUAACUAACACAACAGCUAUGUGUAUUUGCUAGUGCCAGUGACAAAACAUACACUAAAUCAUGCUAAUGAACAGAAAAUAUAUCCUUAUUACCUCAGUCUCACUCUGAAGAAAAAUUGACUAAUUGAUGGUGCAGGCAGAACGUAGUAAUCUUCUUUAAUCUUAGCAAAGAUUGUAUUGGGAUCAUCUUGUACCAUGUGACAACUUAUAAUCUUAAAAGACGGCACGCAGUGUAAAACUGGCUUUAUACAGAUUUAAGAUAAGAAAAAUUCAUUUUGACAAGAUCAUAAACCUCACAGCAAGGCUCCUCAUUUAACCAGUUUGGGAUUUUUUUUUGUAAUUAAUUGUUAAAGAUGUUUUCCGAACAAAGAAUGGCAUAAUUAUAGACAUUCAAUAGAUUCUAGUUUGUCUUCAAUGUUUUUACAAUUAUUUACACUUCAGAAUGUCCAGUUUUUCCAGAUUACGUCUUGUUUAUGCGGGGGGGAAAAAACGACUUGUACGUGAUUGUUCUCUCUUUUUUGAAACUUGGAUCCGGAUGCAAUACUUUUUAGAGACUGGAUCAUUAGCAGUAUUACAAAACUGCUUGUUUGUUACCCUGGCCCCCAGGAAUCAUCUGUCAUCUGAAAUAUUUCCUCGUCUCACUGAAGAUGAUGUGAAGAGGAUUUACACUUGAAACAUUAGACUGAAUGUUAUUUAUUUAUUCGUUUAUUUCAUCUUUAAAUUAGGAAAAUAAUGUUGUCUCAGAAAAAAAAAAGUGUUG